AAAUAAAAGAUUAUUGUAUUGUGGAAAGAUAUUUCUGUUGAAAAAAAUAAGGAAAUCUAACAAUCUACAACUUCGCUGGGUGUAAUUACGUUCUUAGUGUCGCCGAAGAACUGUUUGUGAAACUUAGAAAAUGGCUUUUAAUGAACGCCCCACCACAUCAAAGGAUACAUCAUUUGAUUCUUUUUAUACAGAGGUUAAAGAAAUUGAAAAACGCGAUUCUGUUCUAACCUCUUCUCAACAAAUUGAUCGUUUACUUCGUCCAGGUUCAACAUACUUCAAUCUCAAUCCGUUCGAGGUGCUACAAAUAGAGCCUAGCGCUACAGUUGAAGAAAUAAAGAAACGCUAUCGCACACUGUCUAUAUUGGUCCAUCCGGAUAAGAACCAGGACAACAAGGAACGUGCACAGACUGCAUUUGACAUCAUAAAUCGUGCUUGGAAAACGCUGGAAAAUGAUGUUACGCGCAAGAAAUGUUUGGACGUCUACGAAGAAGCGAAAGAAAGGACCGAUCAUAUGAUUGCAGAAAAACGAAAGAAAUUACGUAAAGAAAGUAAAGGUUUCGAAAGCAUUCCCGAAGAUGAUCCGGAAAAGUACAAACAUGCCAUAUAUGUUAUGGUUAUGAAACUAUUUGCGGACAUGGAACGUCGCCGACAACAAUUAGAUCAACGUGACCAGGAAGAGCGAAAACGUAAACGGGAGGCCGAAAUAGAGGAAGAAGAAAAGCGAAAAUCCGAUUUAGAGUGGCAAAAGAAUUUCGAAGAAUCCCGUCAAAAUCGUGUAAAUAGUUGGCAUGACUUUCAGUCUGGUGCCAGUAAAUCUAAAAAGUCUAAAAAACAGAAACGCAGGCAUGGCAUGAUUGUUCCUCCUAAGUUUAAGCCUGAAUCACGAUAGACAUAUUUACACAAACAUAAAUGCAUUAUUUUAAUGAAAUAUUACGUACAGUUUGACAUACCCUUUUUUAUGUACUGCAAUUUUGUCAAUCAUAUUGCAUAUUAUUUAAGCGUAUUAAAGAUAAAACUGUAGAGAUUGUAUACA